ACUGUGUGUCUGUAAUGGAAAUGGACGACCGGACUAUCAUCCCUAUCAAGUAUGUGUGUAUGGGCAUGUUUUGUGCAUUAAUUGUUCUGUGUAUAUAUGUGGCCUCGAUGUAAUUAAGCCUUUUCCGACGCCUAUAGAUCCUAGUUUUAUAUGGAUCAUCGGGACUGGGCACCGGGAUUGGUGGCUGAUGCAUCUUCUACGUUGUGAAUGGUUUGCAUGGCUUGUUGCGAGAAUUCUGUUUGCGUCCACUAUUUUGCACCCAACGAACGAGCACAAAUAGCAAAUAUUUGCACAACAAUGCCCAGUUCUACCAACAUACCCACUGGAGCUAAACACAUAUACGGAGGAACUACAGCUCAAACGGAUGCAAUUGCAAGCUUGGAGGAGGUAAACCAACAUGUGGUUGUGUGUGGACCGCGCAAACCCGUGGUAAUGCCAGAAUACCUUCUCAACGACGUCAAGUUCAAACUCGAAUUGAAAGAACUUCUUCUUCAAUAUGGGAUUUCUUACGAUCGGUACCGAUUCCUCCCCAUAAACUCCCAAUUCAGGUUCUUGUAUGAACAUUAUGGUUUUCGUGGUGAUAGCAGAAUCUACAUUAGUGAGUACGAUUUCUUGAACUACAAACUGAAAUCCAUGCAAGAAUUACACCUUGAAGUUGGCACCAAGGAUCGAAUUAAAGCUAUGGAGCAGAUUUUCAAAGGUCUGCUAGAAGGGGUGCUGGACUUCAGGCUUACUUUGGAGCAGGUGAUGGCGUGGAAGACAAGAUGAGCUUGUGAAAGUGCGAGCAUGUGAAAUCAAGUAUUGGGUUCAAAUUGUUCUUGUGGUGUCUAGAAUACUAUAAACGGAAAUAAAU